GACGAAAAUCCAAAAAGCCAUGGCUGGAAGGAAGUUGAUUCAACUGGUGGUCCUCAUCUGUUUAGAUGCCGCUUUUUCCAUCAGCGAAAAGAUUCCUGUAGAAGCAAAGAACUAUGAUACACCAAAGAAUGCCCCCACGUUGCAGGACGAUGUAUCUAUCAACUGGGAGAAAACUAAAAGAUUUUCUAAAAGAUCCGUACUUCCUCUUGACAAAAUCGGUGGUGGAACAGUUCUUAGAGAACUUGAAGAUGAAUUGCCAAAAGAGCUCUCUAAUGUUGCUUUUGAGAAACCAGAGGGCAUUUAUGAGAUGCAAGAGCAAAUGGGACUCGAAAGCAAUCUUUUAAAGGAACAUCAGGUUUCAGAUAAUAAAGAAGCAAUUAGCAAGAAUACGAAAUCUAAUCAAUCAAAACCCCAUAGUUUGAUCAAAAGAAACUUCAAUGAGGACGACAAAGGCAAGGAUUUUUUAGAAGAGUUGCAUCGAGCAGGAAUCGUUUUUGUGGGCAAAAAGAAACCCGAUGAAAUUGAUAGAGCUCAGUUGAGAAACAUACUAAAAAAAAUUUUUGAUGAAAUUGAUCGAGCUGGUUUUAGAAACAUGAUGAAAAAAAAUUUUGAUGAGAUUGAUCGGGCAGGUUUUCGUGGAAUGAACAAAAGAAACUUUGAUGAGAUUGAUCGGGCAGGUUUUCGAAGCAUGGGCAAAAAAAGUAUUGGUGAAAUUAAUGAAGCUGAAUUAGAAGCUUUAAUAAAAAAGGGUAUUGAUGACAUUGAAAUGGACAAGAAAAAUUUUGAUGAAAUUGAUCGAGCAGGUUUUCGUGGAAUGAACAAGAAAAAUUUUGAUGAAAUAGAUCGAGCAGGUUUUCGUGGAAUGAACAAGAAAAAUUUUGAUGAAAUAGAUCGAGCAGGUUUUCGUGGAAUGAACAAGAAAAAUUUUGAUGAAAUAGAUCGAGCAGGUUUUCGAGGAAUGGACAAGAAAAAUUUUGAUGAAAUUGAUAGAGCAGGUUUUCGUGGAAUGGACAAGAAAAACUUUGAUGAAAUUGAUCGAGCAGGUUUUCGAGGAAUGGACAAGAAAAAUUUUGAUGAAAUUGAUAGAGCUGGUUUUCGUGGAAUGAUUAAGAGAAACUUUGAUGAGAUUGAUCGAGCUGGGUUUCGGAACAUUAAGAAACGAAACUUUGACGAAAUAGAUCGUGCAGGUUUUCGCAGUAUGGGCAAAAGGAAUUUCGAUGAAAUUGAUCGAGCUGGUUUUCGUGAUAUGGGAAAAAGGAACUUUGAUGAAAUAGAUCGUGCUGGCUUUGGUAACAUUGGAAAACGAGAUUAUGAUGAACCAGAUUUCUCAGAGAUUUUCAAAAGAAAUUUUGAUGAAAUAGAUCGGUCUGGUUUCAGUAAUAUUGGUAAACGAACAUUUGAUGAGGGUGACAAAUCUACUUUUCGAAUUAUUGGUAAGAGGAAUGCAAGCCAAGAAGCUGGCAAAGUUGUUCCUGUUGCAUCAAGUUCUAAUGAGAAAACUGAGUCGAAUGCUGAAAUAGCUACGGCUAACGUAAAUGGAAAUAUUGAUACACAAAAAAGAAAUAAAAGAUCAUUCCAACAGCUGAAUGCUAUUUCAUAUUAAGUUAUGCAUCAUCGAUACAUUAAUCAUGGCACACAGUGUACAUGUUCAUUAGAACUCUCAUUUCCAAAGAUGUGAUUGGGAGCAGCGAAUCUAUUUCGAGAUCAUUUAGAAAAAAAAAUGAUAAAAAUGAUUUCCAGAUUUACCACUAUGAAUUAUAACAUAGUCUGAUGUAUAAUAAAUAAAUCGAACAAAUAAAAAAAAA